AAGAAGGCACAGAGGCGGAGCAAUGGCGAUUACCAUUGAAGAGUACCAGAUACGACAAAACACCCACAAACUGUACGACGUUAACUUCUUCGGAGACGUCAUCCACACUCUAGUAACUUACGACCCCACCAUGGUGUCACAGUGGCUGUCCGAAACCCAGUACCUCAACAACCACCGUCGCCACCUGAUCGUCGGUCUCGACGUAGAGUGGAGACCCAGCAUCAACCGCAUUCAGAAUCCAGUUGCCACCCUCCAGCUCUGUGUGGAUCGCCGCUGUCUCAUCUACCAACUCAUCUACUCCUCUUAUAUUCCACACCAUCUCGUUGAGUUCCUCUCCAACCAGGACCACACUUUUGUGGGCGUUGGUAUUGCAUCCGACUUGGAAAAACUUAGGAAAAACUAUGGGUUUGGGUACAAUGUGAAUGCCGUGGAUUUGAGUAAGCUGGCGGUGGAUACUUAUCAUAUAAGUGAGUCGUGGAAUAUUGGGCUGAAGGAUUUGGCCAGAUUUGUGCUUGGGAAAGAUUUUGAGAAGCCAAGAAUGGUGACUAUGAGUUGGUGGGAUAACCCACAGUUGACGCAUGAUCAAGUGCAGUAUGCUUGUGUGGAUGCUUUUGUCUCUUUCGAGAUUGGCAAGGUCUUGAAUGCUGCUGGGUAGAUGGAUCAGCAAAAUUAUUUACGUAUAAAAUAGAUUUAUUUAUUUAUUUUUUUUGGCUUAGUUUUAGAUUAUUGAUCCAUUAAGGUUUUUUUUUUUUUUAAUCAAUGUUUACUUGUUUUUGGUUCAAACAGAAUGAUUUAGAGGACUUUUUGAAUAAAGAAUCUUAA